AGACAGCAGGAUAACAUUCACACGGAGCUGAGAGGUUCUCAUUCCCACCCAGGCGUGUAAGAGUUCAGUUCACCAGCUGAUGUUAUAAACUAUUUUCUCACUCGGGAACUCCGCCGCCCAGCAGUGCAUCGCUCUCCUGACAGCAGCGACCAACGUUCUUCUCGGGUCGAUUAUUUUGAAGAUAGACAUGGCCUCUCGGACGAUUGAAAGUAUGCAGUUGGCGGAUGAUCAGAUCCGGAUCUUGGAGCAUAAUUUUGCUACAGUCAGUAGACAUCCCGACGAGACAACGUUCAUGUUGAUCGCAGCCGAGUGUGGAUUAACGGAGGAGGAGACGCAAAAAUGGUUCCGGUGGCGUAACGCUCUGUGGCGCCAAGCCGAGGGACUGCCGGCGGAGCUGGGCUCCGUAAACGACUGAGGGGGCGAGGGUGUGGCUGUCCGAAGGGGACGGGGUUAGAGAACCGCGAGGACCCGGUCAGCACCAAUCAGCUCCUCGUAGACCUGCUGCAGGAGAACCGACGCUCUGAGACCAGUCCCCCCUCCCCCUCCCCCUCCCCCUCCUCCAUAAUC